CGAUGACAAUGAAGGGCCUGGUGAAGCCAAUCUGCAGGCAGAGCUCCAGAUGUUCAGAGCUCAGUGGAUGUUUGAGCUUGCCCCAGGUGUGAGUUCUAGUGGGUUGGAAACUCUGCCAUGCAAAUCAUCAAGAGGACCUGGAGUAAAGUCUGUAGAUACCAAAGGGAAACAGGAGCUAGCAAAAGAGGAAAAGGCAAAAGAACUGUUCCUGAAGGCAGUGGAGCAAGAACAAAAUGGGGCCCUUUAUGAAGCCAUCAAGUUCUAUCGUCUAGCCAUGCAACUUGUUCCUGACAUAGAAUUUAAGAUCACCUAUACACGUUCCCCAGAUGGUGAAGGAGUUGGAAAGAGGUGUGUUGAGGAUAGUGAAGAGGACGGCAAGAUGGCUGAUCUUUUGACAGAUUUCCAGCAGCAGUUAACGCUUCAGGACUCCUCAGUCAAACUUUGUCAGCCCGAGCUUGAUGUCAGCCAGACCCAUAUCUCAGUGUUGCCUCUGGAAGUCCUAAUGUACAUUUUCCGAUGGGUGGUUUCCAGUGACUUGGACUUAAGAUCAUUAGAGCAGUUAUCUCUUGUUUGUCGAGGAUUUUACAUUUGUGCAAGAGAUCCUGAAAUCUGGCAUCAAGUUUGUUUGAAAAUAUGGGGCAGGAGCUGCAAUAAACUUGUUCCAUACACCUCUUGGAGGGAAAUGUUUUUGGAGAGGCCUCGUGUUCGAUUUGAUGGUGUAUACAUCAGUAAGACAACAUAUAUACGUCAAGGAGAACAAUCUCUUGAUGGUUUCUAUAGGGCAUGGCACCAAGUGGAAUAUUACAGGUAUUUGAGAUUCUUUCCAGAUGGCCAAGUUAUGAUGCUAACAACUCCUGAAGAUCCUCAGUCUAUUGUUCCUCGCUUAAGGACUAAAAAUACAAGGUUAUUGAAAUAAUAUUUG